GUACCACAUCAGCCUGUCCUCCGACCUGGACUGGAGGCACGACAAGCACCACGACAUGGACGAGGUGCAGCGCGACCCCCGCGCGGGCUCCGAGAGCACGGCCGAGGAGGCGCAGGUGGACCCRCGGAAAUACUCGCAGAGCAGCUCCGAGCGCUUCCUGGAGCUGUCGCACUCCUCCAUGGACCGGGUGUUUGACGCCGACUGUGGCAAGUCGUGUGACUACAAGGUGGGGUCACCCUCCUACCUGGACAAGCUGCUGUGGAGGGACAGCAAGCCCCACCACUACUCAGAGCCCAAGCUGAUCUUGGAUUUGUCCCACUGGAAAAGGGCCACCAUCGCACCCGCGGCCGAGCUGUCGCUGGAGGAAGAGCCGUCCAACCUCUUCCUGGAGAUCGCCCAGUGGGUGAAGAGCACGCAGGCGGGGCUGGAAUGCCCCAGCUCCCUGCCCGAGAUCCAGGAGCGCAGCCUGCCCUCCUCUCCUCGCCGCAAGGAGCCCGCCCCGGUGAGCGGCGAGACGGACCCCGAGUUCGACCUGGACGUCUUCAUCUCCAGGGCGCUGAAACUUUGCACAAAACCCGAGGACCUGCCGGACAACAAGCUCAACGAGAUCAACGGGGCCUGCAUCUCCGAGCACCCCGGGGACAUGGUGCAGGCUGAGGUGUUCCAGAAGGAACGCUGGUGAGGGCUGCCUGCCCGGGAUGCUCCGCUGUGCCUCCCUCGCCCUCCGGAGGGGCUGAGCUGCUUCCCACCGAGCAUCCCUUCUUCACACUGUACCAAACGCCUUUUUCAGAAAAGGCAAGCACAAACCACAUGCCCCUCUUGAUGCCUUAGGAAUGCUUCCAAGGGGCUCAAGAGGUGUGARUGAAAUACUGAGUUUCUUAUACUGCCUUAACAAUCUUGCCUUGCGAUCUCUGGGACCUGUUUGAAACUUCAGUGUACGAGGGGGAGAAYGACGGUACAUGGUAGGUUUACAAACAGUAGUCAAAUCAGCUUAUUUUCCAUUUUUUUUCUAUACCACCUUAAGGACAAAAUCAACAUUUUCAGUAUGGUCAGGCAGCCUCCUGGUUGGACAGGUUCCCAAAACAUCGAGUUCUGAGCUCCUCUGAGGCACCUGUGCAAAUACAGGUGUGGAAUAAAGCGAUGCCAGCCGUGGGUCAGCGGAGCAUGGAACCAGAGGUAGAGUUCGGCCAUCAGACAAAAAAAUACUCUCUGAGGAUGUUUACGGGGAAGAAAUUUGACCUACAAAAUACGGGCCGUUGGGGAUUUGUUUUAUUUUUUCCGAUGGGAAGACAAAAAUUUUUUGCUAAGUGCAUUUUGCUGGUUUGUGGUUUCUCACACCAAAAUUUUCCCUUGUGUCGCACGGGGUGCAGCAGGGGAUGCACGGGGAUCUGAGCUUUCCGAGUCCUUCGGAGGGCCCAUGUGAUGCAUUUCAGCGUAACACCCUGGUGCUGUGAGCCUGCCUCGGACAGCUGCCCGCUGGAAAAUCCCGAGGAGAGGGCUGGACAGAGCUGAGGGCUGGGAACGGGGUGUCUCACGGUGUGAACUGCCUGGAACCACCAGGCUCAGCAAGGGCACCCRCCCAGCUCUGCCACCCAAAAGGAAUUAAACACUCCUGGUUUUCCUUCUGACAAAGUCCUAGCGAAGAAAACAACCGUUCCUGUGGCGUUAGGUUGGAAACUAAACUAGAUUGGAAACUGGCCACUCUGCUCCCAGCUGCUGUGGGAGACGCUGGUGUCCGCAGGCACUGUGUGUACAUAGCUGAAGACACAACUGAUCUACUGUAACUUCUGUUUUCAUCCACACUUCUGAGCACCUUAAUAAUUAAUCAGCUAACCAGAGUUUGUAUAUGGAAGAAAUGUUCUAUACUUAUAUUUAACCAAACCCGGCAGCUUUUUACGUGGGAAAUGUGUAAAUAGUGCCAUAACAGACAGUCCCUGCUUUCCUUGCCAUCCUCUUGCUGUGCUGUCCGGCACAGCGGCGCUGCUUACAUUUGUAAAACAGAAACUGCUGUAUUUAGCAACUGCAAGGCCCGUAUUUAACUAUUCCUACAUUAAUUAUUUCCACYCUUUCAACAAGCAAUCUGCUAAAUGCUCUGAGACGUGAGGAAAACUCACGUGAGACUUGGAUAACUAACAGCGGCGUUUGCUGUAUUAACCCUGGUUUUGUUCCUGCCGGGGUCGGGUGCAGGUUUAGCUGUAGGACAGUGCCAGGCCCUGACAAGCCCAAAGGCGCGUUCUUGUUGGAGGAUCUCGCAUCAGGAUGAUGGAAAUGGCCUUGUUCUGCCGAUCCGCAGCACUGCAGUGAGGGCAUCGGGC